AUGAUCCGUCUGGAUGUGGAGGUGAUGCCAACGUGUCUGUUAAACGAUAAAUCGGAAAUGCAGCGCUGGGAGCAGCUUCAGGGGAGAACCGAGGAGGCUGCCGACAUGGGACGUGAGCGCGAGGAGAACUUUGAUAGGAGUUGCGGAAAAGGAGUCUGCGGCUACUUUGAGGCAGUGCAUCGGCUAUUUUUACCGACACACGGCUACGCCAUCCCCAUCCUGGAUCCGCGCCAAAAAGUGUUCACUUCACUUAAACAACCCAAUCCACUUCGUGGGGAGCGUUACAGCCCCACUGCAUGGGAUGGCCCUGAAGCAAAAUCCAGCAUUCUGUCAGAUGCGCGACUUUGUUGCAUGCUAAUCAGUGUCAUGAUCUCUCACCUAGGCGAUUUCUUCCGCUGA